AGCGAAUACUGCUAAAACCGCGCGAAAUUGUUUUACGGGCUGCUCUUUCCGAAACUAUAUAUAUGGCACAUACCCACUGUAGACAUAGGGGAUUGGCGGAGCGCUUCAUAAGUGUACAUUGUUUCUUUCGUUUUAGUAAGUAGCGUUUUUCUGCGCAGCGCGUAGCUGCUGCAACCGCCUGAAAUAGAAUGAAAAAGAGAGAAACGAAAGCAGACGACCAAUGUCAUCCUCGGCCGCAUAGUUGAUGACGAGGACAAAGUAAUCGUAGCAGUUGGCAAUUCGCCGGUCUGUCAUUUGUGGACGUCUUGCGAGCCCCGCGGCAUCGUGUCUGUUAACUUCUACAGAUGGCGGAUCAGGAAGCGCAGAAACUUGUAAAAAUAGCCCAGGAUAUGCGCGCCAGAGCUUACUGCAACUAUAGCAAGGUUCGUGUUGGUGCGGCCCUCCUAUGUGAAGAUGGGACAAUCUUUACAGGAUGCAAUGUGGAGAAUGCAAGCUAUGGGCUGACUAUAUGCGCGGAAAGAACAGCGCUAGUAAAAGCAGUGUCAGAAGGUCACAGGACCUUCAAAGCACUAGCUGUCGCAUCGAACAUGAAUGAUCUGACGAUGCCUUGUGGAGCAUGCCGACAGUUCAUAAUAGAGUUCGGCAAAAACAUUGUCGUGCACUCUGCUGCUGCUGAUGGGAGGGUUUUGGCAAAAAGAGCCGAUGAACUGCUACCCCUGUCAUUCGGAGCUUCGGACUUGCCUCCAAAGUGACAUCAUUCCAAUGGCAUGACGAUCGGCAGUGCACCUUCGAUGGAUUUCAAAUAAUCAUGUACAUCUGACAUUGCUGCUCAGGUGUAAACUGUUAUGAAAUAAAAAGUUAACUGCCUUCACUGUA